GGCAGUGGCAUCUCUGCGCCUCUGCGUCUACCCAUGCUCAACACAGAGGUGCUGCAGGUGGCCCUGGGACGCACACAGAAGAUGGGCGUCACCAAGUCAGGCCGACUCAUCACCUGGGAGGCUCCGUCAGUAGGAUCUGGUGAGCCCACUCUGCCUGGUGCAGUAGAACAGAUGCAGCCGCAGUUCAUCUCUCGCUUCCUGGAGGGCCAGUCUGGAGUCACCAUCAAGUCUGUGUCCUGUGGGGAUCUCUUCACCACCUGUAUGACAG